AUGACAGAAUACGUACUAGGUGCUCCAGCCAGGAAACUGGACGAGUUCGAGGAACUCGUCUAUGAAUACACCACCCGCAUGGGCCUCGGGGGUGAAGGACACUGGGGCGUCGACGCUCGCAGCUGUAACCUCCGCUUCGAAUCAGCCACCCGGGGUCCCUCGGCCUCGGUCUCGUUCCUUUUCAAGGUCACCCCGGCCAUGAGUAAUUACAUGGGCAAUCUACACGGGGGAUGCGCCGCGACUUUGAUCGAUGUCUUGUCCACAACUAUUCUACUGGGUCUUUCCUCACCGGGCAAGUUCGCGCUCGGCGGCGUCAGUCGCAAUCUCAGAGUGACUUAUUUGCGUCCCGUGCCUACAGAUAUGGAAGUGCGACUGGUGUGUGAGGUGGUGCACAUGGGAAAGCGGCUGGCGUUACUUCGGGCGGAGAUCCAAAGGGCGGACAGUGGGGAUACCUGCGUGGUUGGGGAGCAUGAGAAGGCCAAUACGGAUCCGGAGGUGGAUCAGAGAAUUUGA